GAGAUGGGCGUGCCCAGUCCCGCCUAGUCCCGCCCAGUCUGCCCGAGUGAGUGGCAGUGAGGGGAGCGGAGAGUUAGUUCGGGACGGAGCGGAGGGAAGCGCUGCGCGGAUUUCACUGGGGCGAAUUGUCCCUUCCUCCCUGCCCCCUACACUCCCGGGAGCGGCGGCACCUCCUCUGCUUGGGACCCUCGGACAUUGCCGGAGUGGGGGCUGCUGGGAUAGUGCUGAGCGGAACCCCCCGGCUGCACAGUAAUGCCUGCCCUUAGCUUUGGGGGUCCUGCCUUGGUUAAGGGGGCCGCACGUCUGUGUAAUUCCCCGUCCUGAUUGGAUUGUAUUGGGGGGUCCCGACUGGAUUGAGCACCCCUCUGUAUUGGGGGUCCCGACUGGAUUGAGCACCCCUCUGUAUUGGGGGUCCCGACUGGAUUGAGCACCCCUCUGUAUUGGGGGUCCCGACUGGAUUGAGCACCCCUCUGUAUUGGGGGUCCCGACUGGAUUGAGCACCCCUCUGUAUUGGGGGUCCCGACUGGAUUACCGGUACCGGACAUCUUUAUUGUGGGGGGGUCCUGGCCGAAUUAAGGGUACUGCGCCCCUUGGUACUUUGGGGUCCUGGCUGAAUUAAGGGUAUCCCUGCUGCCCCUUGUGUUUAGGGGUGCUGCAUGGAUUAGAGACGCUGAUCCCCCUUGACAUUGGGGUUCCCCCCCGGUGUUGGGGUGUCCGGCUGGUUUGGGGGUUCUGCUCACCUCCCUAUUGUGUUUGUGAUCUGCUUGGAUCUUUCUGACUCCCCCAUGGAUCUCUCGCUGCUGUUCCUGUGGAUCCCCAUCUCGCUGGCUCUAGAAGUCACCCUCAUGAACACCAAGCUGGAGACCUCAGAUCUAAAAUGGACGAGUUAUCCCAAAGUGGACGGACAGUGGGAUGAGAUGUCUGGUCUGGACGAUGAGGGAACCCCAGUCCGUACGUACGAGAUCUGCAAUGCCCAUCUGACCAAUCAGAACAACUGGCUACGGACCAAUUACAUCAGCCGGGGCUUGGCCAGCUACGCGUAUGUGGAAAUCACAUUUACCAUGCUGGAGUGCUCCUUCCUAUCCCGGGCCGGCCGCUCUUGCAAGGAAACCUUUAACCUCUACUAUUACCAGGCCAAUCAUGACUUAGCCAAUGACCACUUCCCACCUUGGAUGGAGAACCCUUGGGUCAGAGUGGACACUGUGGCAGCUGACUUUUUGGGCCGACCAAAUAGACGCGGAAGUCCAGGUUCCACGAGGUUAAAUGUGAAGACCCUUCGGAUAGGGCCCCUGUCCGGCGAUGGCUUCUACUUGGCGUUCCAGGACCAAGGGGCAUGCAUGGCCCUGUUGGCCGUUCGUGUUUUCUAUAGGGUUUGCCCGGCCGUGGUGGCAUCCUUGGCAAGCUUUCCCAAGACUGUCUCUGAAGGUCUGGUGGUCUCGGCUGAGGGCAGCUGUGUUGAGGGGGCAGAGGGGCCGCUGGGAAGAAAGCCGACCAUGUACUGCAGAGAAGAUGGAGAAUGGGCCAAACCGGCGGUGGGGGAGUGCGCUUGUGUGGCAGGACGGGAGGAGAAGGACGGGCGCACCAAGUGCACAGCUUGCGCCCCGGGGUACUUUAAACCCACCGUGGGAGAGAAGCCCUGCCAGCCUUGUCCUGCCAACGGCCUUUCUACUGCCCCUGGGGCAACUGUGUGCGGUUGCAAGCCGGGGUAUUACAGAGCCGCGAUGGACCCCCCAACAGCAGCCUGCAGCACUCCCCCUUCAGCGCCACGCAGCAUUGUCGCUCGGGUGAACGGCUCCGGGGUUGAUUUGGAAUGGAGUGAACCACUUGACGCUGGCGGGAGAGGGGACCUGUACUACGAAGUUCAGUGUUCGGAGUGCGCCGGGGGCGGGCCCUGCAUUCCCUGCUCUCGGUUAAACUUCACCCCCAGGCCCCAGCGAUUGGUGGACCGGCGACUGCGCGUGGCGGGACUGCGCCCCCGCGUGACCUACAACUUCCGCGUGUUGGCUUUAAAUGGAGUGUCUGAACGCAGCACCAGCGGGGCUUUGGGGGAGGAAGUCAAUGUCACUACUGACCGGGAUGUUCCCCUCCCAGUCAGCGGCAUUCAGCAAAUGGCGGCAUCUGAGACUACACUCACCCUCCGCUGGGCGACCCCUCUGCACUCGGCCCCCACCAAGGGCAACAUUCUGGAUUAUGAAGUAAAAUACUACGCGAAGGACCAGGAGAAGCCCCUGAUAAAGUUUAUGAAGACCACAAGUAACGAGGCCCUCCUGGCUGAGCUCCUCUCUGGCACUGUGUAUGUGGUACAAGUCAGGGCACGGACAGAGGCGGGCUAUGGGGCAUUCAGCGGGGACACUUUAGUUCAGACCCUGGAAGGUCCAGAGAAAGCACAGCCACAGGUGGCACUAAUAGCUGGCACUGCCGGGGUGGGCACGUUACUAGUGUUAGCAGUCAUCGUCACCGCAGUCGUGUGUAUCAGAAAGCAUGGGAGCAGCAAGGAGCCCGAGUAUUGUGACAAACCUGGGCAGUACCUCAUUGGUCAUAACUCCAAGGUGUACAUUGACCCCUUCACAUAUGAGGAUCCCAAUGAAGCGGUGAGGGAGUUUGCUAAGGAGAUAGACGUGUCCUGUGUAAAGAUUGAGGAGGUGAUUGGGGCAGGGGAGUUUGGGGAGGUGUGUCGCGGGCGCCUGAAGGUCCCAGGAAAGAAGGAGAACUAUGUGGCCAUCAAGACACUGAAAGGCGGGUACACAGAGCGCCAACGCAGGGAGUUCCUUAGUGAGGCCAGCAUCAUGGGGCAGUUCAACCACCCCAAUAUUAUCCACCUGGAGGGGGUCAUCACCAACAACUGCCCUGUCAUGAUCAUCACUGAGUAUAUGGAGAAUGGCGCCCUGGACUCAUUCCUCAGGCAAAACGACGGGCAGUUCACGCCUAUCCAGCUGGUGGGGAUGCUGCGUGGCAUUGCCUCGGGGAUGCGCUACCUGGCAGAGAUGAAUUAUGUUCACCGGGAUCUGGCCGCUAGGAACAUACUAGUGAACAGUAACCUGGUGUGCAAAGUGUCUGACUUUGGCCUGUCCCGCUUCCUGCAGGAGGGUUCUACCGACCCAACCUACACCUCCUGUCUGGGAGGGAAGAUCCCAAUCCGAUGGACUGCCCCAGAAGCCAUAGCUUUCCGCAAGUUUACAUCAGCCAGCGAUGUCUGGGGGUACGGAAUUGUCAUGUGGGAAGUUAUGUCCUUCGGAGAGCGACCCUAUUGGGAUAUGUCCAAUCAGGAUGUGAUUAAUGCCAUAGAGCAAGACUACCGGCUCCCAGCACCCCCGGAUUGUCCCACCGCCCUUCACCAACUGAUGCUGGACUGUUGGCAGCGGGACCGUGCAUUGCGGCCGCGCUUCGCUGACAUUGUGAGCUCUUUGGACAAGCUGAUCCGCAACCCUGCAAGCCUAAAAAUCACAACACGAGAGCAACUGGGGACGUCUCAGCCCCUGUUGGAUCAGCGCACCCCCCAUUAUUCCUCCUUCUCGUCGGUGAGUGAGUGGCUCCAGGCCAUAAAGAUGGGGCGCUACGAGGAGGGGUUCAGGAACGCCGGAUUCACCUCCUUCAGCCGAGUGCAGCACAUCACUACCGAGUAAGGAACCGGGCUUAUUGGGGUACAGAG